AUGGGCACGCACGUAUCAAAGGUGAAGUCGGUCAACAUGGAUGCCUGGACAGAGUCUAUGAUGCACGUGGUAGAGCACAUCGGCAACGUGCGAGGACGACUCUUGUACGAGCACAACAUGCCACAGUCGGAACACGUGACCAGCACGACCGAAACCGCCGUGAUCGAGCGAGUCAUUCGCUCCAAGUAUGAGCGAAAGUUGUACUACAACCCGCGCUUUGCAGAGCUCGUUGCACAAUUUAUGGAGACCCCGAUGGAUGGGGUAAGCAGCAGCGGGACCACCACUUUAGCGUCUUCUCCGGGAUCGAACGCGCCGCCGCGCCAAGCUGGUGGGGCAGGGCAGGCGCGGCAGCAGAGCGCCGUGCUCGAGGAGCUCUGGGGCGCGCCCGUGUCUUCAUCCAACACGAAUCAACCGAGUCAGAAAGCGAUGCAGGGCACGACGGGGGCCCGCACAAACGUUGCGGAGCUCUUCUCCACCUAUCCGACUCACGGCACUGGUGUGGGGUAUGCGGCGGCUGGAGGCGGUGCGCACUCGCUGUCUACGACAUGGGGGCAAACGGUGGGGCCGCUGCCGUCGGUGCCACCGGUGAGCGCGAACAACGGCUCGGGCUGGUUCGAGUCGCAGUUUGGUGUGGCGACAAGCAGUGUACUCUGCCCCACCGGCGGCGGCGCUAACAGCGGGGUGCCGUUGCCGAACACGCUGCAGUCGGUGCCGAACCCGCCGACAGCGCGCGAUAACAGAGACGACCUGUUCACCGGCGGCAACGCGAGCGCGGGUUGCAGCAAGGAUGAGAUUCUCUCUCUCUUCCGCACCGCUCCCAUCGCUGGGGCGUAUGGGCAGACGGGCAGCGAUUCUACGGCAAACACGGGCGGGUACCCGAUGGCGUGGUAG